CUCCUCCUCCUGCUCCGCCUGCUCCACCCGGGGCCUCCGAUGCCGCCGCCUCCCGCCCGCUGCUGAGCCGUGACGGGCGGGGGCCCUCGGGACCCCGCCGGGGACAUGGGCAACGGGAUGUGCUCCCGGAAACAGAAGCGGAUUUUCCAGACGCUGCUGCUGCUGACCGUGGUGUUCGGGUUCCUGUACGGGGCGAUGCUCUACUACGAGCUGCAGGGCCAGCUGAGGAAGGCUGAGGCCACGGCGCUCAAGUACCAGCAGCAUCAGGAGUCGCUCUCGGCUCAGUUACAAGUUGUCUAUGAGCACCGGUCAAGAUUAGAGAAGUCAUUGCAAAAGGAAAGGCUGGAACAUAAGAAAGCAAAAGAAGAUUUUCUUGUUUAUAAACUAGAAGCACAGGAAACACUAAAUAAAGGAAGGCAAGACUCCAACAGCAGAUACAGCGCUCUGAGCGUGCAGCACCAGAUGCUGAAGAGUCAACACGAAGAACUAAAGAAACAGCACGCUGACCUUGAGGAAGAUCACCGAAAACAAGGAGAGGAGUUUAGCAGGACGUUCAGUGAUCACAAAGAGCGAUACCUGCAGCUGCAGCAGGAAAAGGAACAGGAGAUCUCCAAGCUGAAGGAAUCUCUGUAUAACUUGCGGGAGGAGAACAGGCAGCUGAGAAAAGCUCACCAGGACAUUCACACCCAACUACAGGAUGUCAAGCAACAGCAUAAGAACUUACUGUCCCAGCACAACGAGCUUGUGGUGACAUUGGAAGACCACAAGAGUGCACUAGCUGCUGCUCAGACUCAGGUGGAGGAAUACAAACAGCUGAAGGACACCCUCAAAAAAAUCCCAAGUUUCCAAGAUCUGGAGAAGGUGGAAGGAGGGAAUGAGCAGCCCGAGGUGCGGGGCCCGUCCCCCCACAGCCGCCCCCCGGAGCAGCACGGAGCUGGGGCUGAGCAGCAGCAGGAGAUUGAGAAGCCAAGGGAGAGAGAAGAAAUAAACAGCCAGGAACGGGACAGGGCUGAGCCUUCCCACGUGCAGGGAGGGGCUCCCGAGGGCCAGGACGCCCAGGAGCAGCAAGGAGCUGCAGAGGAUGAGGAGCAAAGGGCAGAGCAGAUGGAAGAAGAACGCAAAAAGGAGCUUGAGGAGGAAGAAAUGGAGCAGGCAGGGCAGCCUGAGCACCUGGAGGAGGAGCAGGACCAAGUCCCAGAAGAGCACGAAUGGAAAAAGCAGGAGCAAAAGGAAGAAGAAACCAACAUGUUGGGUGAUCACCUGCAGUCAGAGAUAAAGCCAACAAAGAGACAGAAAGCAGCUUAUGAGCAGCAGCUGGAGCAGCAGCACCUGGGAGCCCAGAGAGCAGAGGAGGCCAAGCAGCUCCGGCAGCAGCAGGAGUCCCUGCGCCAGCAGAGGCUGCGAGGGCAGCUCCUGAGGCAGCAGCAGCUCCAGGAGAGAGAGCUCCAGCUGCAGAGACAGGCAGAGCAAGGGGAGAAACUCUACAAAAAGCACCUCAGGUUCAACUCUCCCUCCCAACAGGCUCAUUAUGAUAACAUGGACCAGGACAUUGUACAAGGGGAGGAAGAGCAAGGUAUUCAGGAAGAGGAAGGAGCUUAUGAACACGAGAACCAGCACCAGGAUGAAGGUGAAGAUGAUGAUCAGAAUAAUGCAAAUGAACAGCAAGAAACAGAACAUCAGGCAGAAAAUCAUCAGGCUGAUGAAUCAAAGGCAGCCAUGGAAGAUGUGAAUCCUGCUGAUGACCCCAAUAAUCAGGGAGAAGAUGAAUUUGAAGAAGCUGAGCAAGAGAGAGAAGAAAACUUGCCUGAUGAAAAUGAAAAGCACAAGGAAACGGGUCAGAAACAAGGACAUCCAGGAAUGGAGGAGCACUUGGUGAUGGCAGGAAAUCCUGACCAGCAGGAGGAUAAUGUGGAUGAACAAUACCAGGAAGAGGGAGAAGAGGAGGUGCAGGAAGAUCUGUCUGAGGAGAAGAAGCCAGAGCUGGAGCACAAUGCUGAGGAGCCCUAUGGGGAAAACGAGGAAAAUGUGAGUCCUGAAUCUGGCACUGAAUCUGUGUGUAAGUUUGUUUUGUUUUACAGAGGGACAGACCAAGAGCAAGAAAUGCAAGAGGACAAUAACCAGAAAGAAAUUCAUGAAGAAAAUUAUGAGGAGGAAGAGGAGGAGGAGGAAGGCAGAGCUGUGGCAGCAAAAACCCGCAGAAGAGGGGAGAUGUAGUUCCUCCCUUCAUUUUUCUUCUUCCAGUACACAAAUUCCUGUUUUUUUUGUGUUUUUUUUUAAACCAACUUUUUUUAGGGUAUUUAAUUUCAAAAAGGAAAAAAAAAAAAGGUUGUGUUUUCCACUUUUUACUUUUCUAUUAGGUGCUGUCCUGUGUUUAUAUGAAUACAAUAUUUUGAUACUCUAGAUUAGGAUUUCUUUUCUAUCCAGGCUUUACAUAACCAGACAUCCUCUAGGUUGAAUUUUUUGUAACUCUGGGUACGGUUUAUAAAGGCCAUUUUGGAUACACUUUUUCACCUUGUCCAGGCCUGCCAGAAUGUUUGGUGUCAUGUCAGGUGCACUCAACACUGAAGGAGGAUUCCUAGUGCCUAAAUCCAGGUGACUUCAGUCCCUCCAGCUCGUUGUCUUCCUUGGAUUUAUUCUGACCAAGGGCUGCUUAUUCCUUGUAACCUCACAAAGUCAAGCAAGGGCCGAGCCCUUUGCAGGACCAGGCCUUUUCUAGGUGCAGAACAGUUAUAAAAUAUGCAAAUUUUACAAGCCUUCAGAAUGCAGCCAAGUUAGCAGCUGUUAAUUUUGGCAGCUGUUUCGAUAUGGUUCAAUUAUGCAUUUAUUUUAAUGAGCAUUCCCAGGUACUUCAAUUACAUUCAGUACCUGGCUGCUCAUGCAAAUGGGGCUGUGCUGAGAGGAGCUGGGAGCUAAAAACCAAUUUGGACUUGGAGCUCCAUUAUGCCAAAUCAAAACACUACAGCUGUCACAGGGAUGGAGAUUUACAGCAGCAGCAAUUUCCUUGUCCUAGUUAAUAUAUAAAAUAUUUGACCAGAACCAGAAUGAUGUUGCCUCAGUGCCAUGUUUUCUGGAGGGUGUGGUAGCUGAGCUGACACAGUUGGUGCAAGAUGUUGAACAUUAAGGCCUUUACCUUCUUUUCCUUAUUUAUUUACAAAAAUCUGCUGGAAGGAUUUCUGUGUGCCCCAGGGUGAGACUCAGAAACUCACAGAAGUUGUUUAGCCCAGCAAACAUCUCCAGCACUGCAUGAAACCCGAGGGGGAGGGGGGAAAUGACACAAAAAUUGUGCCUUGGUGUGGGCUACCCUGAACAUAAUCCCAGUGCAUGAAUUAUACAAUAUUUGUAUUGGUACAGACACUAGUUAUUUAAUAUAUGUUAAAGGAGAAUGGGAAUCUGGAUUUCCCAGGCUAUGCCCCAUUGCUGGAAAUGAGGCACAGGGGAGCUCCCCAUCAAAGGCUGUGUUAAUAUAUAAAGGGAGAGGGAGUGGGGGUUUUUCCCUUUUUUUUUUUUUUUAUAAGGAUGCAUAGCAAUGUUUUUAGUUUAAUUUUUUUAUAUGAAUGUAAUUUAAUUCAUUUUUCUACUAACUUGAUUAUAUUAUGUUUUAUAGUUGGUUUCCAUUCGUUGCAAUUUUCCUAAUUGUCCCAGAUCCAGUGCUUAUGUUUCACAGGAAGAUUUUUGUCAGUGAGUAUUUUGGGUUUUCUAGUUACCAUAAAUCAGAUUUACCUUAUGUAUAAAAAAAAAAAAAAAAAAGUUUACAUGAGACUGUAAAAUGUAUAAUAUGUACAUAAUCUUCAGAAUACAAUUAUUUUGGUAAAUUGGCCUGUAUUUUUAAUGUCAUGGUUGCAGUAUUUAAUUAUUUGAGGCAUAAUAAAACUUGACUGCAGUCAAUAAACUAGAAUGUAGUUACUGAUUUCCACAA